CACGUGGCCCCGGCAGCCCCGCUCCCUCCGCGCUCCGCCAUGGCUGCGGCGGCCGCCGCCGGCUCCCUGCUUCUCUGCCUGCUCGGCCUGGCGCUGCCCGGCGGCAGCGCGUUGCACACCAAGGGCUCCGUGCCCCUCGACGCCAUCACCUUCUACAAGGUAAUUCCAAAGCAUAGGUUUGUCCUUGUGAAGUUCGAUACACAAUAUCCUUACGGUGAGAAACAAGAUGAGUUUAAAAAGCUGGCGGAGAGCUCAGGCUCCAGUGAGGAUCUUCUGGUGGCUGAAGUGGGGAUAUCAGAUUAUGGUGAUAAGCUGAACACUGAGCUGGGAGAAAAGUACAAGCUGGAUAAGGAAAAGUUCCCUAUUUUUUACUUGUUCCAGGAUGGUGACUUUAACAAUCCCUUACCUUACAGCGACCAAAUCAAGGCCGGGGCUAUUCAGCGCUGGCUGAAGAGUAAUGGCAUCUAUCUGGGGAUGCCGGGCUGCCUGAAAGAGUACGACAUGCUGGCCAGCAAGUUUGUGAGCACCACUGAGAAAUCAGAACGCCAGUCCCUCCUGAAAAAGGGGCAAGAAAGUUUAGAAAAAACAAAAGAAACCGAGAAGAAGUCAGCUGAGCAAUACUUGAAAAUUAUGAGCAAGAUACUGGAGCAAGGGGAAGAGUUUGCUGCUAAUGAAGUUGUCCGAAUCACAAAACUGAUCGAGAAGAACAAAAUGAGUGAUGGAAAAAAGGAGGAGCUCCAGAAAAGCCUCAAUAUCCUUGCUUCUUUCCUGAAGAAGAAUAAUGAAAAAGAUGAGCUCUAAUAUGUUGAAGAACUUUGUACAAGCUGUGAAACACUGUCAAGAGUCCUAACCAGUUCUCCUUAUGCAAGCAAACUUCCCGCUGACUUCAAGAGAGCAGCAGAUUUCCUUCUGGUAUUUUCAGUUUAGAAGAUCAAAAGGAAGACAUUCCUUAAAAACACAAUAUUCUAAACGUUGGAAAAAUCACCUUAAAGCAAGACACGAGUAUUGUGUAAUACUAUUCAGUAACAGUGUUAAAGUAGACCAAAAAAAAGCACUAGAUUGGACUGAAGCACAUUCCUGGUGGUUUUUACAGCUGUUCCCUGGCAAACAAAUAACAAAAUUCAGUCUCACAUUCCAUCUUACAUGUUGUACAAGGUACAGAUUGGGUGCCCCUCACAUCCCCACCUUUCCCUGUUCUUAGUGUCCUUAGGUUUUAUGCUCUUUAAUCUACCCCUCCUCCUACCUUUUGUUUUCCCAAUAGGGCUCCUUCUCCAAGUCUUGGUCUCCUUACCUGUUGUUGACUAAGAGACGCGGAGUUUCCUUUUUCUGCCUUCUCCUUCAGUGGCUUCUGUUUCUGACUUGGGUAUCAGCCAAAUGCUGGCAGGCAUAGUGAAGACAGGUCCUCCACGUAUCAGAACUUGCCCCUCAUCUUCUGGCCAGAGUAGCUGUCUCGGCAAACGUUCUCCUGAAAUCCUUUGUGGAAUCCUGACAGAGCGAGUGAUUUGAGCUCUGAGCAAGGGAAGAGUCUCAUUGAGGUGCUAUUACACUUAGUCUUGCCAGUUUGUGCAAAAAUGUCUUUUUUCAGAAGUAAGUUUGGGUGAAUUUUCUCAUGGCUGAAGAGCACAUGCGAUGCCUGUGCAUUUUGCCUGUCCUUCCCAUCCAAGCUUCAUUUCCCAGGUUCAAAAUAAGGGGGGGUGGGGGUGAGACCAAUAAGGACAUGUGAAAGUCCCAAGCCAUAGUUAACAUGAACCAAAUAUUUUCUCCAGCCUCAUCUUCAGAAGGAAUUGACACUGUCAAACUAAAGCUUCAUCAGCAUUUGGUAGUUUUAAGUAUUUGAGAAUGAGGUAACAGGAAGCAGAAGUAUUUGUGCCCUUAGAAGCCUCAUCUAUGUCAUUUUAAUGGAGAUACCUGGCCCAGGGAUCAGGUCAGUCCUCAAAACUUGAUACUGCAUGUGCUGUUCACACUGUGUGGAAUUCAGGUGACUGGUGGAAGAUACUGUUCUCCUGAUGAGGGCUAUAGAGAGUUGAAAAGAUAAACACCCGAGUGUUUUACCUUAAGACUACGCUUUAAGCUAAGCAAAACUGAUUUCUGUGGGAGCUUUGCUGCCUUUUGAAUCCUGGAGUGGGUACAAGGAGCAGAUAUUGCUGCAAGAUAAAAUGUAUUAAUAAUGCUAUAAUAAUAAAAUUCUUCCAAUUAA